UCCAAAGAUUCAUCGAGCAAUCAAACAAACACUCCAGUCUGCUACCACCACACCUAUCCCACAACUUUUCAACUCUUGUGUUUGAAAUGGAGAAUGUUGUAGUGUUGAUUGUUGGUGCUGGACCAUCAGGCCUCUCAAUAGCAGCAUGCCUUAGCCAAUUGUCAAUUCCCUAUGUCAAACUCGAGCGUGAGAGCUGUAGCGCGUCACUUUCGCGCAACCGUGCGUAUGAUCGCCUCAAGCUGGAUCUUGCAAAGGAGUUCUGUGAGUUGCCACACAUGUCGUACCCAGUAGAUGCACCAACAUACAUACCAAAAGCCUUGUUUGUGAAGUACUUAGAUGACUAUGUUGAGCGUUUCAAUAUUUGCCCAAAGUAUCACACUAGCGUGGAGUCAUCCACAUAUGACAAUGAUAAAAAAUGUUGGUCCAUUGUUGCAAAAGACAUGGCAAAGUGCACGACAAUCAAGUUCACGGCAAAGUUUCUCGUUGUGGCAAGUGGUGAGAAUAGUGCAGAGAAUAUUCCAACGAUCCCUGGACUCGAAAGUUUUUCUGGUGAAAUCAUCCACUCCUCAAGCUACAAGUCAGGAAAGAGCUACUUUGGCAAGAAUGUAUUGGUUGUUGGAUCUGGCAACUCCGGGAUGGAAAUUGCUUAUGACCUUGCGACCCAUGGUGCUAAUACUUCCAUUAUUAUACGAAGCCAGAUCCAUGUAAUGACGAAGGAAUUAAUUCGGUUGGGUAUGACACUUGCUCACCGUCUUCCACUAAAUCUAGUGGAUAAUAUCCUUGUGAUGGCUGCAAAUUUCAUAUUUGGAGAUCUAUCGAGGCAUGGCAUCACAAGGCCAAAAAUGGGUCCAAUGGCCCUGAAGUCAAAAACUGGCAGAUCCGCAGUGAUUGAUGUUGGGACUGUUGGUUUAAUCAAAAAAGGCAAAAUAGAAGUUCAAGGGUGCACUAAUAAGAUCUUUGGCAACAUAGUUGAAUUUAAAUGCGGUAAAAAAAUCUCCUUUGACAUGAUUGUAUUUGAAACUGGAUACAAAAGCACGACAAAUAUAUGGCUCAAGAAUGGUGAGAGCAUGUUAAAUGACAAUGGAUUGCCCAUCAAAGAAUAUCAAAAUCAUUGGAAAGGUGAAAAUGGCCUCUACUGUGCUGGGUUAGCGAGGAGAGGAUUCGCUGGUAUUGCAGCAGAUGCCAAGAAUACCGCCAAUGACAUCAAAUCUAUGAUAGGCUCCAUGUCGAGCUAA